AUGAUUCGAAAUAUAUUUUUUCAAAGACAUUGGAAGAAUUUUAUAAUAAAAUUUUCAGAAAAGCAAAAUAAAAAACUUAGUUUUGUACGAUUUCUUUAUGAUUUAAAAUCAAAACAACUUGGAAGUCAAAAUUUUAGACCUAAAACACAUAUUUCUUCUAAUAAUAAUUUAUUAUCUAAAGUAAUUGCAUUUUCUACAGCAGAAUCUUAUGAUUUCUUAAAUUUAAAAAGUGUUUUACCAAAAAAUGCUAUUUAUUUACCAAAAAAUAGUGCGUUUUAUCUUCCAAAAUGGUCAUCAGAUACACAUUUUCAUGAUAUAUUUAUAUUUUUAUCUGGAUCUUUUGUUAUUUGGGGUUCUAUAGAAAAAAGCCAAGAUUUUUUGAAAACAAUAAUACGCAAUAAAUUAACUAAAAUUGAGAUCAAUUCUUAUAGUAAAUAUAAAACAGAAGCUUUUUAUUACAAAAUAGAUAAAAGCACAAAAACUUCUAUUUCAGUUCAAAAGGAUCUUAUUAUUAUUGGAAAUGAUUUUAAUCAUGAUAAAUUGUUAAAUUUAGAGACACCUUCUUCUGAUAAUAUAAUAAUGGCACAAUUGUCUUUUGCACAAAGUUUGGCUAGAUCUAGCAAGUUAGCAGUUUUAGAAGAUGAACUUGAAAGUUAUUUAAAUGAUGUUAAAACUAUUCCAGAUUCUUUAGCAUUAGGAAAAAUUCCUCUUAAGAGACGUGAAAUAAUUCAAAAAACAGGAAUUCUUCUCAGAUUUCGUCAGCACUUUAAUCUUAAUCCAGAAAACUUUCUUGAUCUUCCUGAAUUUUAUUGGGAAAAUGUAAAAUUAGAAGAAUGUUAUUUAAAAACACUUGAAGCUUUAGAUAUAGAUUUGAGAUUAAAUAUUGUUAAUACGAAACUUAAUUAUGCUACAGAAUUACAAUUUACUCUUAGGGAAGUAUUGAGUGAAAAUACAGCACAUCGUCUUGAAUUAAUUAUAACAUGGUUGAUUUUCAUUGAAGUAAUAUUUGCACUUAGUAGCUAUUUUGAUAUUCAAAAAAAACAUAUAAAAUUACUUUAA